AUGGCAGGUAUUCGAUUGGUGCAUAAACUAUACCAAUAUUAUCAGUUAGCCACAAGUUUCCUAUAUGCAGCAUUAUUCACGCGGUGGCUGAUACUAAUGCCCUUGGUGGGAUCCCGGUUCUUACCUGGGGGGAUCCACGAAUUUUUGAUAUACUUGAUGCUUUGCUCGAGCAUCGUGGAAACACUUUGGCUGCUUAAAUUUUACGGGGUCAAGAAUGGCAUUUUAUCUAGGACCUUAUUAAAAGAUCUAAAUUUCAUCUACCUUGUAGUGGUAAUUCAUUUCCAUGACGAUUACGAACACGCAUUGAUCUUAAAGAAUUCAUCCUAUUCCAGCUUCAUCAUUUGUUUGUCGUUAUCGCAAGCAUACUGUCAUUGGUGCAAACUUUUCAAACGUAAGGGUGCCAAGGAAAGAACCUUGAUCUGGAAAGCCAACACCUUUAUCACGUUACCCAUUUUAUAUUUGAGUGAAUUUGCAUUAUUGCUAUUAAACAUUCAAGUCAAGAACUAUCAUUCUACUCCAACAUUAGACAUAAUUAAUAGGGUUGUUCUACUAGCAUACUUCCCUAUAUUGUUAUCAGCAUACAAAAUACUGUUAACAAAGUAA